AUGGGAAUUGAAUGCCUGGAGGGGUACCACGGAGCCCGAUGCCACGCCCUCAGCCUCCCGGUGGAGAACCCUCUGCGCAGCUACGACCACACAACCAUCUUGGCAGUCACCGCAGUGGUCCUGUCGUCCUUGUGCCUUAUCAUCAUUGGCGUGUUGCUGGUGCUCAGGUGUCACAAGAAAGGAGUUUAUGAUGUAGAAAAUGAAGAGAAGGUCAAGCUGGGCAUCACUGUCAACCACUGAUGAAUACUGGGACUUCAAGG